AUGACGUAUCGAGGGUUUGGUUACGUUGUGGAUUCCUGUCCUACCAAUGAGACAGAGUUUAUCUCAGCUGCCACCAGACUGAACUGUAGUGAGGACCAGUAUGGACGUAAUCAGUAUACCUGUGUCCCUAACGAAGACAGAUCAGCUCUUGUAGAAUUCUGUUACAGCAAAAUUGUCGGGUUUUAUCAAAAGGGAUAUUGCUUGGAAACUUUUGGAGAUGGACUCUUGGAUCAGAUUAGCUGUAAUCAUUUUCAAGCCGGUUGUCCAGAAGAAAACUUCAGAGGAACCGACUUAUACAAAUGUAUGUAUUACAUGAAUCAGAAACCAAAUAUAUUGUUUACAAAGAAUAUUAAUUUUAUCUCAUGUCUAGUUCCAGCCUGCAGCAGAAUCAACACUGAAAAUCAAUGUUUUUAUGCAGAUUCCUCUUGUUCGAACAGACCUCUCACUUGA